UCCCAUUCAGAUUAGAUAUACUGACAAUUUUGCUUUAUAUAUUUACAGAGAGCUUUUAAUUCCUGACAUUCAAAAGGAAAGGCCAACAUAUAGUUACUAGUCAGCGUACAACCAAAGGACAUAUUUUUCCUUUUUUCUGGAUUUAGCACCAUCCAGUUGCGUGGAUCCAACAAGUUACUGUUUCCCACUUUAUAUGCAAGCUCAGGCUGCUCGAUCAGUGCUGUAUUUUCAGUACUGAUAUCGAACCCCAUCAAAAGAGAGAUUUGCAGAGUGGAGAGGAGUGAGAGAAUGGCAAGAAAAUCACCAGAAGAAGAGCAUCCACACAAGGCUUUUGGUUGGGCUGCCAGAGAUACUUCUGGGGUUCUUUCUCCCUUUCAUUUCUCCAGAAGGGAAAAUGGUGAUGACGAUGUCACAAUAAAAAUACUUUACUGUGGGGUUUGCCACUCUGACUUGCAUAAUAUCAAGAAUGAGUGGGGGUACACGAGCUAUCCUGUUGUUCCCGGGCAUGAAAUUGCUGGGGUUGUGACCAAAAUUGGGAAGACUGUGAAGAAAUUCAAAGUGGGUGACCAAGUUGGAGUUGGCGUCCUAGUGGGCUCCUGCAAGAACUGUGAGAGUUGCCAACAGGACUUGGAGAAUUACUGCCCUCAAAUGACACUUACCUAUAACUCCAUUUGCCAUGAUGGGACAAAAACUUAUGGUGGUUAUUCUGAUAUUGUGGUUGUUGAGGAGCGCUAUGUGCUUCGUUUUCCGGAUAACUUACCCCUUGAUGCGGGUGCUCCACUUCUCUGUGCUGGGAUCACGGUAUACAGCCCUAUGAAAUAUUAUGGAAUGACUGAGCCUGGCAAGCAUUUGGGUGUCGCAGGACUUGGUGGGCUUGGUCAUGUUGCUGUUAAAUUUGGUAAGGCCUUUGGGUUGAAAGUGACUGUCAUUAGUUCCUCCCCAAAAAAGGAGGAUGAGGCGAUCAACAGACUAGGGGCUGAUUCUUUUCUUGUUUCGAGUGACGCUGCAAAAAUGAAGGCAGCUAUGGGUACUAUGGAUUACAUCAUUGAUACUGUGUCUGCAGUUCACCCUCUGGCUCCGCUGCUUGGUCUACUGAAGUUGAAUGGUAAGCUGAUCACUGUGGGUUUGCCGGAGAAGCCCCUCGAGCUGCCUAUCUUUCCUUUAGUUUUGGGGCGUAAACUUGUUGGAGGAAGUGAUGUAGGAGGGAUGAAAGAGACACAAGAGAUGCUAGAUUUCUCUGCAAAGCAUGGUAUUUCUGCAGACAUUGAGCUGAUCAGAAUGGAAGACAUCAACUCGGCCAUGGCAAGGCUUGCCAAAUCUGAUGUGAGGUACCGGUUUGUAAUUGAUGUGGCAAAUUCCUUGUCGCAGUAGAUUAGUUGCCAUUGCCUUGGCGGGUAACCUCCCCUGAAUUGAGGCCAGGAUAUUAGAAUAAGUCAAGGUUCUAUGAUUUAGGUUGUUAUGGAACUUUUAAGGAGGGGAAACAUAAAGUUGUGUUCUUAGACACAUAUUGAUGUACUCUUUCGUUAAAUUGAGAAUAUUUCCUUUUA